AUGACUUUAUAACUACACCCAUUUGUCUUUUUAUUAAUAGUUAUCAUUUUAAUACAAACUAGCUUUACUCUAAAUGUUAACUAAUCAGCUUACAUUGAUUUGACGAAUACUCGAACUGAAGAAUGUAGAGAUAUCGAAUUUUUUGACAUAUCUGAUUUGGAAAGAGAAUAAGUUUGGAGUUCAAUAUAUUCUAAAUAACAUCUUGAAUUACAAGAAGACAUUGAACUUCUUGUUAACAACAGUUAUGAACUCUCAAAUGAUUUUUACUUUUCUUAAUUGUCAAGCUACACAAUUCCAUGGCUUAUCAUUGCAAUUGGAACCUUUUUCCUCUCUCUAAUGUAUAUACUUAUUGUUUUCAAAUCAAAUUCUGUUGUAAUUUGGAUUAAAAAUCAUACCGAGGAGGAAUUUCUUGAAAAUACAAAAAGGUAUCAUAAAUAUGGAAUCAUCUCUAUAGUUAUCCUAAAUUUUACCGUAAUUGUUUGUUCAAUAAUUGCAAUUGUAAUAUAUAAAAUUGAAAUUUAGAUUUUUAUAAAUGAUAUAACUGAAGGACUCUCUUAUUCAAAUUGCUAUUUAAGUUAAUCAUUUGAUGAUUUAUUAAACAAAAACGAUGACAACUUCGUUGGAUAUUAACAUAUUCAAGCUGAUUUGGAAAUUUUAUCAAAGCGUGUUCAAGAGUUUUAAAUAAAUUUAAAGGCUUUAUUUUCAGAUAGAAACUCCGUAAAAAUGACAAAAAAAUUAUCUGAGAUGAUUGAAUUUAAUGAUUAGUAUUUUCUUAUCUAAUUUAGAUUAAAGAGAAAUCUCCAAAAAUCUCCUUUACCAAUAAUGAUAUCUUCAAAUGGAACAAAUGUAAUAGAAGAAACAGAAUCUUAUUUUUCAAGAUCUAAAUUAGUAAAUCUUAAAUAAUUAUUAUAGUUUGAUUACAUCCUUUCCAAUAAAUAAGAUGAAGAUUAUUUAACGUUUUAAGAAUAUUAUUAACUUAUCAAAUAAAAAUAGGAAUCAAUUUAAUUAACAGAUUAAGUGAAUUAAGUUAAUAGUUUUUAUGACAACAUAUUUUUGCAUUUUGGAUCAAUAGAAAACUCCUCUUUUGCUCUGAGAGAUCAAAGAUUAACAUCAACAUAUAUGAGGGCUCAAUAAAAAUUAACAUUAAUCAAUGAUUACUUAUUUGAAUAUUCAAAAUAAUAUUUGAGAUUUAAUCAAAAUUUGAAGGACAACAUGAAUAAAUACACAAAUUCUGUAAAGGGUAUUGGAAUUACAUUAAUAAUUCUUUGUUUUAUUCAAAUUUUAAUUUGGGGAGGUUAUUGGGUAAAUCAUCAAUUAAAAAUAAAAGCUAUUGUAGAUUUUUUGUGGUUUGUUUGCAAUUUAUUACUAAUUGCCCUUUUGAUUAUUAAUAUUUUUCUACAUUCACAUUCUGAAUUGUCGAAUGAUAUCUGCAUAUAUUUUGAUGGGUUUGUGAAUAAAGUAGAAGUCUAUUAAACUUAAGACAUUAUUAAUUUUGAUGAUACAAAAUAGACACUAAAAAGUUGUUUGUUUGAAGAUGGAAAUAUUUAUGAGCAAUUAAAUUUUGCUUAAAAGUUGAAAGAUAUUCGAACAUACAUAAAUAGUGACAAGGGAGUCGACGAAUAGAUCUUGAGAAUCAAUUCCAAUUAUGAAUAAUUUAUUGAAAAUUUAUCUAAAAAUAGCCAAAGUUUGACUUCCUUUUUAGACGGAACAAUUAUUGAUCUAGAUGAUUAACAAUAAGAGGAAUUUAAAAAAAUAGUGAAAUCGUUUAAUGAUUUUAAAGGAAUAAACAAUUGUGCUGAAUUAGCCUUUUAGACUUGUUCAGAUGGAGGAAGUCCAAAAAAGUAAGGUUCUUAAAAUUAAUCAUAAUUAUGCUGGCAUCCAUCAUAUUUGAUAACUAAAUAUUCACCUAGUUGUCCAGAUUAAUAUAAUGAAUUUUAGAAAUUAAAAUAACAUUUUUAAUCUUAAGCCCAAGCAUGGAUAGAAGCCUAAUAGUUAGAGUCUUAAUUUAUAACAUUAAAUUAAUAACUUAGUGCUGAUUUAAACCUAUACAUAAAUUAGUUUAAGGCAUUUAAUGAAAAGGAAUAAAUGAUUUUAGCAAGCAUGAAUAGUAUGCUUAAAUCAACAAAUUGUACAUUUAUCAAAGAUCAUUAUAAUAAAAUGCUAGAUGGCAUGUGCAUAAAGUAUGCCUAAUCAAUAUAAAAAGAAUCUAUUGUUGUGAUAAUCAUUAUUUGUGCGCUGUUCCUAUCUGUGCUUGCUAAUUGUUUAACAUCUAUUAAGGUCACUCAUAUGGAGUCCUACGAAGAAUAUGCAUCAACAAAAGUGAUGAAUUUUGGAGGGUCUAGUAGAAUGAGGGUUUCAAAUGACCCAUAUUAGAUGCCACAUGUAUAUCCUCUACAUGUGAUGAGUGGGGUAGAAUAAGAUUUAAAAUGA